UGUGUUCACAAAGCAUCACAGCCCUCAAUUAUAUCAUCAUACUCUCCUCACAUCACAACAAUAGCACCACUACUUCCAACUGCAAACAGUUAUUAACCAUGGCAACAACAAUUGCUGGUGUGAUCCUCUCAACCCCAAGAGUCUUGGCCAAGGCCUCAGACCCACCAAAGGCCCUGACCAUCAAGUCUCCCUGGCUGAACCAUCCCUGGAAGAGGUCCAACCAAUUUGGCAUGGGCUGGAUGUAUGUCCGACCCGUGGCUGCAGCACCAGAAGGGCUGUCAGAGAAGGUGGCUGAGAGCAUCAAGGGUGCAGAGGCGGCCUGCUCCGACGACCCGGUGAGUGGAGAGUGCGUGGCAGCGUGGGAUGAGGUGGAGGAGCUGAGUGCAGCGGCUAGCCAUGCAAGGGGCAAGAAGAAGGAGACCGACCCACUGGAAACUUUCUGUAAGGAUAACCCGGAGACCGAUGAGUGCCGCACUUACGAUAAUUGAUGAUGAUAAUUGAUGCUGAUGCCAUGCUCUCUCGCAUUUCUUAUUACUGAACUUCAGUCUUCAUGUUGAUUUUAAUUGUGAGUAAUUACCAUGUAUACUGCACUGAAUGGUACAUUGGUUGAUACCUAGUUGUUAUAAUUCAAUCUUAUGUUUAUUCUGCUUUUAGUAUGGACAAAUACAAAAUUUACAACCACUGGAUUGGUUUA